AUGGAAGCCAAGGUAAGUUUCCAUGUGCGGCGUUAUCUGCGCGAGUGCGAGGAGCGCGGCGCGCGACCCAGCGAGCUGACCGUCACCUCGCACCUGCGUGAGACAUACGCUGAGUACCAGCGAAAGCCUCAGGGCGCGCUGCGUAAAGUUGUGGCCAAAGUGAUGAAGAAGGCGCAACCCAGUGGCGGUGAGACGCCCAAGCGCUCGCGCUCCGAAAGCGGCAGCGACGACGAAGCGCAGCUCCGAGCGAUGGAACAGCAACAGGCGGCAGGAGGCGCCGGAAACUCGCUGAAUCGCGCCAUGCAGCAGAAAUACGCGGACCAAACCGCUGACAAACCGCCGGCCGUGAAGAAGGUUAAAAUACUCCGGAAACGCGUUAAAAAGGAGGACGAGAGCACAGAGAUGGACGAAAACCGAGGCUUCGUGGUGGAGCGACCCAGUGCGAGAUACAGCGACGUCGGAGGCAUCCAGAGCAUUCUACAGGAGGUGAGGGAGCUCAUCGAGUACCCUCUGACGCACCCAGAAGUGUACGCGCAUCUGGGCGUGGAGCCUCCUCGAGGCGUCCUACUCCAUGGCCCACCAGGCACAGGCAAGUCGAUGUUGGCGCAUGCGAUUGCAGGGGAAUGUGGCGCGACGUUCCUGAAGAUCUCGGCGCCCGAAGUCGUGUCGGGUAUGUCGGGCGAGUCGGAGCAGAAGCUGCGAGAGCUGUUCGAUGAAGCCAUCAGUAGAGCCCCGUCCAUAAUCUUCAUUGACGAGAUCGACGCUAUUACGCCCAAGAGAGAGACGUCAGCACGUGGCAUGGAGAAGAGAAUUGUGGCCCAGUUGCUGACCAGCACCGACUCGCUGAGUCUGGAGAAUACCGGUGGCAAACCGGUGAUUCUGAUUGGCGCGACCAAUCGACCGGACGCGUUGGACUCGGCGCUGCGUCGAGCUGGACGCUUUGACCGUGAGAUUUGUCUGGGGAUUCCCGACGAGGAGGCGAGGGAGAAGAUUUUACGAGUGCUGGCCAGGAAGAUGACGCUGGAGGGAGAGUUCGACUUUGCAGCGCUGGCUCGACGGACUCCUGGAUACGUUGGAGCGGACCUGGUUUCGCUGACGAAAGAGGCGGCGGUGGGAGCUGUGAAUCGCAUCUUCACGAACAUUAACGCGGUGAAGACACUGGCAGCGGAGGUGGACGUGUCCGCGGAGACUGAGACGUCAGAUGCAGGCACGAGUGACGACGCGAUGGAGGUAGAGAAGACGCAGGAGAAGACGGCAGCCGAUAGCGAGGAGGCUGCGUCGGCGGCUGAUGAUCUACGAGCUCAGGUGGAGCCAUUCACAGAGGCCCAAUUGGCUCCUCUUAGCAUUACUAUGGCCGACUUUGACGCUGCAAUCCCCAAAGUCCAGCCUAGUUCGAAGCGUGAGGGCUUUGCUACGAUUCCGGAUGUGACGUGGGAUGACAUUGGUGCUCUUAACGAGGUGCGCGACGAGCUGUCGCUUGCAGUCUUGCAGCCUAUUGCGCAUCCGGAGCGCUUUGCGGCUCUUGGGCUGUCUAUGCCUGCUGGUGUGUUGCUGUACGGACCUCCUGGCUGUGGUAAGACGCUGCUGGCGAAGGCCAUCGCACACGAAAGUGGCGCCAACUUCAUUAGCAUCAAAGGGCCAGAGCUUCUCGACAAGUACGUGGGCGAGUCGGAGCGGUCUGUGCGCCAAGUCUUCCAGAGGGCUCGUGCGUCGUCUCCGUGUGUCGUGUUCUUCGAUGAGCUGGAUGCGUUGGCGCCUCGACGCUCCGGUGGCGCUGGUGGCGAUGCUGGAGGCAACGGCGUUAGCGAGCGUGUGGUGAACCAGCUUCUGACCGAGAUGGAUGGCUUGGACAUCCGGCGCAACGUGUUUGUGAUUGCCGCCACGAAUCGCCCGGACAUCAUCGACCCUGCGAUGCUGCGUCCUGGUCGUCUGGACAAGCUGCUGUAUGUGCCACUGCCCCAGGCAUCGGAGCGCCACCAGAUCCUCAAAACCGUCUCGUCAAAGUGUGCGAUGGCUUCGUCAGUUCAGCUCGAGGCCAUCGCUGCCGACCCUCGUUGCGAGGGCUUCAGUGGAGCCGACCUGAGCGCGUUGGUGCGUGAAGCUGGCAUCACCGCCUUGCGCGAGACGGAUUUCUCGAGACUCGACGCUGGCGCUGCAACACUGGGGAUCGAGCAUCACCAUUUCAUCAGCGCGUUCGACCGCGUGUUCCCUUCGGUAUCGCGUGCGGAUCAGCGAAUGUUUGACCGGAUGAAGAAGAAUCUUCGCAAAUCUCGCUCGGCGAUGGCUCGGAGCGCGAGUAGCACAGCUGUGGCCUCAGGUCAAAGUGCUCAGAGUGAGGGAGACGCCGCGAAGGUCAAUGCAGAUGCACAAAGCGAUGUCGAUAUGAUUGAGGGCAAACAGUAG